CUAUUUACCGUAUACAGUAGGCGUAGAAGCACGUGGUGGCAGCACUCACCAAAAAAACAGAAGGUUCCGGAAGGAGUCCCUCCUCCACAGCCCGCGAGCGCGCUGCUUCAUUCAUUCAUUGAAACAGAACGCGGUCCACCUGUCUACUGUCCACCUGUCUGACCAGCCACAAACCUCCUCCGACUCUCAGAAACGUGACAGAAGCAACAGGAUGUGGAACGAAAAGAAACAAAGUCCUCCUGCCGACAGCAGUCGGGCUGUAGCCGUCAUCAUCUUUGUGCUCGGUCUGGGAACUCUGCUGCCCUGGAACUUCUUCAUGACGGCCUCUCAGUAUUUCAACCAGCGCCUCACACCAAACAUCACCUCCAACACCAACAGCACAUCACACGCUACAACUAAAGACUACAACUAUGACAGCUGGAUGGCCUUGCUUUCCCAGCUGCCCCUGCUGCUGUUCACCCUGCUCAACUCUUUCCUGUAUCAGUGGGUGAGGGAGCGUAUCCGAGUGGCCGUCAGCCUGAUCGCCAUCCUCUGCUUCUUCUCACUCACUGCCGCUCUGGUCCAGGUCCCCAUGCAGCCGGACACCUUCUUCUCCGUCACCAUGGCAACCAUCUGGUUCAUCAACACGUUCGGUGCAGUGCUGCAGAGCAGUCUGUUCGGUUUGGUUGGCCUGUUUCCUCCUCGUUACAGCACUCUGUUCAUGAGCGGUCAGGGUCUGGCCGGGAUCUUCGCUGCACUCGCGAUGCUUAUCUCCAUCUUAAGUAACACAGGUGGAAGCUCGGCUGCGUUGGGAUACUUCAUCACUCCGUGUGUGGCCACUCUGGGGACUCUGCUGUGUUACCUGCUGCUGCCACACCUGGAAUUUGCUCGUUUUUACAUGAACAGAAGUCCGUCUGACAACGUGGAGAUGAAACAGGAUCUCCUCAGCAUCACAGACAAGAAAGUCUCAAACAACAACGAUAAAGACAUGGAGGCCAACGGGAAGUUCGUCAGAGAGCCAGAAGAGAAUCAGGAGCGUUCGUCCGUCCUGAACGUCUUUAAAAAGAUCUGGCUGAUGGCUGCGUGUGUGACGUGCGUGUUUGCCGUCACCCUGUCGGUGUUUCCUGUGAUCACAGUACGAGUUCAGACCGUCUACAAGGACGUCCCUGCCUGGGACAAAGUGUUCACCUGCGUUUGUUGCUUCAUCGUUUUCAACGCCAUGGACUUGGUCGGCCGCAGCACCCCGUCACUCGUCCAAUGGCCUUCGAAGGAGAGCCGUCUGUUUCCCGUCGCUGUGUUGUCUCGUCUGGUCUUCAUCCCUCUGCUCAUGAUGUGUAACGUCCCGGACUCCAAACUCACCGUCUUCUUCAGUCACGACUGCGCCUUCGUCAUCAUCAUGGCCCUCUUCUCCUUCUCCAACGGGUACCUGGCGAGCCUCUGCAUGGCCUACGCACCACAGUUUGUGCGGUGUAAAGACUGCGUGACAGCCGGCUCUCUGAUGACCUUCUUCCUCGUUCUGGGUCUGGCAAUAGGAGCGUCUUUCUCCUUCCUACUGGGAAAACUGGUUUAGAUGACUGGGACGAGUAGACCACCUGAGACUCAAACAAGAUGAAGCACCAACAUGUGAUGAAAUGUCAGUUUCAUCCUGUCAAGGAAAAGAAGAAUGAACCCAAGAAAAAGCACUUUGUAUUAGGACUCUUAUUUUGUUGGCAUAUUCAGAAUAGUGAUAUUUAUUUAUAUAUCAGUAUAACAUACCUUUCAGUUUUAGUCCCACCACCGGUGAGAACAAAUUACAUUUAGAGCCCCUCUAAGAGUCACAUAGCUUAAAAACAAAUAUAUUUGGAAAUCCACGAGUAUGUUUUAGUUGCAUGGAUUAUUGAAGUGAAAGUUAUUAUUAUGAGAUCAUUUGGGAUUAUUAAAGGUAAGAGUGAGGCUAUGCACAAAAGCACACAAGUCUGUGGAGAGGUCAGAUGAAGUAUUUUGACAUAAUUGUGCCAAACAUGACACAAAUUGUUGAUUUGUACUUUUAUUAAGUGAGUUUAAUGAUCAACUUAAAUUACAUGUAAAUCUAUUUUUCUAAAUUUUAAAUUCCUCUUUUUAUUCUGAAGACAAGACAACCCUUUCGAAACUCCUCUCCUUGCCGACAAUACAGGAGUUCCAAAUUAAUAUCUUUUACUCAUCAGUCUUCACUGCAGAAUUUUUUUUGCUAGCCGUGAUUUAGACUUUUAAUCUUGUUGCAUAUUUUAUUAUAAAAGAAUUGAUGCAGCCAAAAUCAACAUUUCCUGCUUCGGUGCCUUGUUUAAAGACACAGUGGUGACAUCACAACGACACAGCGCUCCUAUUGGCUACAAUUUCAAAUCUGUGUCGACCACUGAGAGGUUUACGGGUUUAAAUAAGUCAUACAUUGAUGAAUAUUACAUUUCAUUUUAUUUUUACUAUAUUUAAAAAAAUCUGAGUGCAUGUUGAUCACUGAAUUUUGCUGUUUUUUCUGUAAUGUAUCUUUACAUGUGCAAAAUGUUGAAUUUCAAAGGCUUUUUUUAACUGUUUUUUUAACUUGAUAAGGGAUUUUUAUUAUAUUAAUGUAUUUUAUUUCAUACUGCUGCGCGUGUUGAUCUGUUUUUAUAACCGUAGACUUAUUCUAUUUGCUUAUUUAUGUGUUUUUUGUACCAUGAUGAUGCUGCCUUUAAUGCAAUUUUUAUAAACCAAAAAGUAAUUUUCUGUUUGCUUUCAUAAUAAAAUCCACAAAAAUGCCA